AUGCCCCGGGAUGGCAACUGCGGCCAAGAGCAAGCCGACGCUGAUGUGCAAGGUGUCUUGGAGCGCCAGUUGCCUGAGAACUGCGUCGAAUACUUCUUAUUCCUUGUCGACGAAGAGCACAAUGCUCGGAAGCAAGUCCUCAACCUCGAAGGGCUGCAAAGGGCGGCUCACAAGCUCGGCCAGACUCUGACCAAGGACUACAUCUGGCAACGUGAUGGCUUUGAGCUCAAACUGAAAACAGAAAAUGGUCUGCCAUAUCUGCACGGCGUGACGGACUAUGGUGACGCUGUCGAGGACGAGUGGCUCAUCGUCUACAUGCUGCGAGAGCUGACCAAGUCUCACCCAGCUCUUUGGGUCCGGGCUGUUGAUGCCGAUGGCGAGUUUCUACUAAUUGAGGCUGCAAACGUGCUGCCCGAGUGGUUAAGCCCGGAGAUGGACCAGAACCGCGUUUGGCUUCAUGAUGGCAAGCUCUUCAUCAUUCCUCUCGAAGACGAUGGAAUGCACGGAACCCAGAAUCAAUCUCUUUCUUUGUCACAGGCUGUGGAUUCUCUCCAGUCCAGACCAGGUCGCCUCGUUCACUCUCCUUUGAUCCAGACCGAAGCGCUUUAUCGGCUGGGGAAAUACCCGGGACAGAUCGCCGACUCGGCUCACAACUCGCUCGCCACAAUCCCGAGAAAGCUGGCACACAUAGUACACUCAUUGCCAAAGUCCGUUUCCCCGGCCGUGGAGGCGUUCUAUCUCAGAGAUCCGCUUUCACUGAAGCCGGUCCUGUCCACUUCGGCAGUGCUUGCAUUCCCACCGGAAGAUCUUGUGACGACAAGCGUGCGGUUCAGCAGAGUCCUUUUCGCACAACUCAAAUCUCAACGAUUCGAACCACCUCCGAGAUGGCACAGAGUCUUGAAGGAGGCAUCGUCAACAGAUUGCGCCGAUGUGGACAAGAAGAUGGCCCGGCUAGAGUCGGGCAUGAAGCUGACAUGUGCUUUUGAAAUGCUGGCUGCGUCCGCAAACGAGAAACUGGAAACCGAAAAUAAAAGAAGAAUUGUCCAAGAGAUCGCAAACCUGCUAGAAAAGACGGCCAAGCUUGGCGCCGCUGCGCUUCCCACGGACGAAGAAAUGGGAUCGUGGCAGGACUGCGAUCGCGAUGAUGACGAAACUUGGAUGGAUAUCGAUUACCGGGACUUUGAACGGGAAUUGGACGGCAAACCCGCUUCUGGGAAGAAAGCUGGCUUCGGGAACGUCCAGACCCAGGCUGAUCUCAGGAAGAUUGUCUCGCGGUUCGAAAGCUUCCUCAACGACGAAAGCGCUGGCCUGGAGGGUGCCGAGCUUGACGAAGCGGACGAGGACCCUAGCGACGACGAAGAUGAGGAGGAUAGCGAAUUUGAGGACAAGGUGGUCAGUUUCGACGAGCAAGCUUUCUCGCGAAUGAUGCGUGAAAUGAUGGGUAUGCCCACAGCGGAUUUGCAGAGUGCCAUCGACAGCCAGGCGGCGGGCCAUACGACAACGGCCGAAGCGGAGACGAGCGCUCUGGACGAAGAGAGCGCUCAACUUCAAGAACUGGCGCACCAAAUGGAAGUCGAGCUCAAGCACCAUGGAGCAUUGACAUGCGACGGUCCCUCCGAAAAACAGGCCGCCGUGGAAGACCUGACUUUGGAGACUCGAGGCGAAGAUAGCCACGACGAAGUCGAUAUUGACUUUAACCUGGCACGCAACAUAUUGGAGAGUUUCAAGAGUCAGGCGGGCAUGGCUGGUCCUACGGGGAAUCUUCUCGGAAUGAUGGGCUUCAGACUUCCCAGGGAUGAGGAUGAGGCGGACGACAAAAGUUCACAGCGAUCGGCGUGA